AUGAACAAUAUACAACAACAAGAUGCACAACUUAUAUCAUCAUCCAAGGCAGAGUUCUCAGAGUUCAUCUCAGAGUACUAUGGACCAAUCGUCAAAGAUAUCAUAGAGAAUGAUGCCAUGAGACUAAUCGUCGACAUUGACAUCAUGAGAAAGAGCAAUGCAAAGUUGGCCGAAAGAUUCCUCAUAAAGCCAAUGUUAUAUUAUAUUGAGUUCCAAAAGACUGUUCAGAGCUUCAUACAUGCAGAGGCACAGAGGAUGAAAGCGAGAGAGAUGGAGGAGAUGGAUGGUGAUGAUUACGAUCCAGAUGCAUUGGACAGUUUGACAAAGAGGAGAGCUUAUAGGACGAGCAGGAACAAUCAACCUCAACCAUACUUCUUGGGCUUUAGCGGUAGUUUUGGAUCGUACCACGUCACGCCCAGAGGCCUUCGCGCGGCAUUCAUCUCGCAUCUGAUCUGUGUGGAUGGCAUCGUGACAAAGUGCUCACUCGUUCGUCCCAAGGUCGUAAAGAGCGUGCACUUCUGCGAGGUCACCAAGCAGACGCUCGAGAGGAGCUACUCGGACGCCACAACAGACGACAACAUACCGACGACCGCGUCGUACCCCACGAAGGACAAGCAGGGCAACCCGCUGCUUACCGAGUUUGGCUACUGCGAGUACAAGGACAGCCAGUGCAUCACCAUCCAGGAGAUGCCAGAGUGCGCGCCUGCCGGCCAGCUGCCGCGCUCCAUCGACAUCCUCGUCGACAACGACCUGGUGGACCAGGUGAAGCCUGGCGACCGUGUGCAGGUCGUCGGCAUAUAUCGCGCCAUCCCCAUCACCCCACCCGGCACGCGACAGGCACCACGCUUCAGAACCGUGGUCAUUGGCAACAGUAUCCGCAAGCUGUCACGUGAGGCCGAGGGCCCAGACGUGGGCAGUAACGACAUUCAAAACAUCCGUCGCCUGGCCAGCGAGCCUGGUAUCUUUGACCUGCUGGCGAGCUCAAUGGCGCCAUCAAUCUUUGGACACGAGUACAUCAAGAAGGCGCUGCUACUACUGAUGCUGGGCGGUGUCGAGAAGAACCUGCCCAAUGGCACGCAUCUCAGAGGAGACAUCAAUAUUCUGAUGGUGGGCGAUCCCUCGACGGCCAAGUCACAGCUUCUGCGAUUCGUCCUCAACACGGCGCCAUUGGCCAUCAAUACCACAGGACGUGGCUCGUCUGGCGUCGGUCUGACCGCCGCCGUCACCAACGACUCUGAGACUGGCGAGCGCCGAUUGGAGGCCGGCGCGAUGGUGUUGGCCGACCGCGGCAUCGUCUGCAUCGACGAGUUUGACAAGAUGAGCACAGACGAUCGUGUGGCGAUUCACGAGGUGAUGGAGCAGCAGACCGUCACCAUCUCCAAGGCGGGCAUACACGCGUCGCUCAAUGCUAGAUGCUCGGUGGUUGCCGCCGCCAAUCCAAUCUACGGCCAGUACAACAGAUAUAAGAAGCCACACGACAACAUAUGUCUGCCCGACUCUCUCCUCUCUCGUUUCGAUCUACUCUUCAUCGUCCUGGACCAUGCCAAUCCAGAUCACGACCGACACAUAUCCGAUCACAUCCUAAGAAUGCACAGAUAUAAGAAGCAAGGAGAGGAUGAAUCAUACCAACAAACAGAGCCAUCGUCCAUACUUGGAGGCGAGUUGGAUGUAAAGGAACAGGUGGAGAAGGAUACGGAUACACCAGUUUAUCAAAAGUAUGAUAAACUACUUCAUGGAGGACAGGCUGAACGUGAGAUAUUGUCCAUUCCAUUCAUCCAGAAGUAUAUCCGAUUUGCCAAGAACCUGAUCAAACCAUCACUCUCUGAUGAGGCCAAGGAGUACAUCGUAUCAUCAUAUACAGAGUUGCGAUCCAAAGAGGAGGAGAAGACACUACCAAUCACUACACGUACAUUGGAGACAUUGAUUCGUCUAUCGAGUGCUCAUGCCAAGUGUAGACUGUCACCAAUUAUUGAGAAGUUGGACUCUGAGGUUGCCUAUGAAAUACUUCAACAUGCAUUGUUCAGCGAGGCAAACUCAUUGCCAAAGCCUAGACAUCAUGAACAGCAACAUCAACAACAUGAACAACAACAACAACAAGAUGAUGAUGUAGUGGACACUGCAGCUGCAACUACAUCCACCACUCCACCAACAUCAACGUCAACUUCUAAAUCAAGAACUAGAGCGGCGGCUGUCAAUGCGAAUGAUAAGAAUCUUGGAACAAAGAGGAAGGGCAAUGACAGGAACAAUAACAAUAAUAACAACAUGGACCAAGAUGAUGAGGAUGACGACACAACUAUGGACAGUGACAAGGAGAAUGAAGAUAUAGUACAAACAAAGAAGAAACAAAGGAAGGACAUUAUACCAGACAACAAAAGCAUUAAGAGGAGUGAUGUUAUGCCAAGCAAAACAGCGGCUGUGGAUAUUGUGAAGAAACUUGGACAAGCCACUGUGGACAAGUUUGGUUCUGAACUCAGCAGACUUCUGGUGAGUCUUAGGGGCAAGACAAGUGUGGAGGUCAUCAAGAAGAAGUUGUCAGCCUACGACAAAGGCGACAAUAUCGAUCAUCUACUGCAACAUCAAUUCACACUGAAGAGAAUCUUUAUCCAUAAUGGCAUUGUCAGGAAUAUGCAAUAG